AUGUCAUCAAGCGAAGCCAGUUCUUCUCAUGGAGAUGAAAACACUCCUGAUACAUCCUUACAUAGUGAUUUAUCAAAGCAACGGCUAAAAGAUGGAGUGGUGUAUUAUAAAGGUUUACUUCUUGAAAGUGAUUUAAUUGCAAAAACAUCUUCUGACACUCUAUCUGAAGAUGCUAUGUUGAUUGGUAGAGAAUUAUAUGAUAAUACGUUAGAUAUAUUAAAUAAAAAGAAGUUCGUAAGCGAUCAAGAAUUGAUUCAUGCUCAAGAAGAAUGCCCAGACGGAAAUUUUGAAGUAGUAGAAGAUAAUUCAGUUGAUGACUAUCAUGUGAUUGAUUCUUGGACGUAUGACCGCUUCGUCGAGGCAAGACAAAAUUAUCAACAAGUGACUACACGAAAUUUGCAGCAAUGGGCUUUAGCUGCAGCCAGCCAGUUUCCUAAUCUUCAAUUUACAGCAUCCGACCCAUGGGUAAGAAAAUUUAAACAAAGACACAAUAUUAGUCAACGCAAAAUUACAAAAUUUGUAACAGACAAAGAAGUUCACACCAUGCCAGAAAUUAUCGCCUCUGCAGAAAUGUUUCGCACUCAAACAAAACAAUUGAUAUCUAACUUCGAUAGUGACUUCGUUAUUAAUACAGAUCAAACAGGAUGUCAAUACCAAUCAAUGUUUAAUAGGACACUGACGGAAAAAGGAAGCAAAACAGUGUUUGCAAAAGUACAAGACAUGACCAAGGUGUCACACUCAUAUACUGCACAAUAUAGCAUAACAUUAUCUGGAAAAUUACUACCACAUGUUUUUAUUUGUUUGCAAGAGCCUACAGGUGAUUUUGGGCCAAGAAUAAAGAAAAACGUAGAAGAAUAUUUAAAAAAAUACAAAAAUGUAAUUGUCACAUCAUCAAAAUCAGGAAAACUGACAACUACUCUCUAUAAAAAUUUUCUAGAGAAAUGUUUAAUGCCAUAUGUUCAAAAAAAUAAAUUUCUUUUAAUUAUUGACUCGUGGACAGGACAAGUGAAGCCAGAAUUAUAUGAUGAAAUAUUUCAGGAUGAUAAAAAAAUGCCUACAUGCACAUUUAAAGUUAUACCUCCAAAAUGUACUCCGUUAGUUCAACCAUGUGAUGUCUAUUUCUAUAGACGAGUGAAAAAUUUUAUCAAACGAUUGCAAAGUACCGCUGAACUUCUAGACAAGAAUUAUGAAAUUCAUUCCCGAGAGGAUUGCAUAAAAAUUCAUUCGAUUAUUCAUCACCAUUUGUCAGCGCCAAUAUUUCGAGACAUGAUGGAAUAUGCCUGGUUCACCAGCGGGCUUUGUGACACAAGAAAUUUUCUUACUAAUGUCAAUGAUGGGUGUUUCUCAUGA